AUGAGCUGGAUGCUCCUUCUUGGGUUUGCUGUGACCAUUGCUAAUGCACAGACGGCACUGCCUCAUCUCAAGCCGCUGAAGUCAGGAUGCCUUCCCUCGGACGUCACGAGCUGCAAGAUGAGCUGCCCGAGCAUCUACCACGACACAUCACGCUUCACGUGCCCUUGCUACAGCAAAAUGGGCGAAUGUCUCGUCCGCAUCGGAUGUAGCUUUAGCCAGCGCAAGGACGCCAUGGCCUCGUGCACGCGUAAAGGGUACUGCAAAGCGGGCUAUUGUACGUACCGUCUCGGUGACUUUACCCCCAAGUUGGGAGCUCGGCGCGAGAUUUUUGACGCGACGGCAAUCGUCCCGCCUGACUCGCCGUGCGUCGAUGGCUGCUGUCCUGGCAGCGCUAGCUGCACCGAGAACUCGGUGAUGAAAGCGCUGCGGCAACCUGGGCGCGCGUAUCGGCUCGAAGAGCCCAAGCUACCGCCUCGCUAUGGCGAUCCGCGCCUGAGCGUCAACCAAAACUACAACUUGAUGCCAUACAGCCUCCCACUGGGCAAUCUACCGGCGGUCUCCGCAUCGUUUCUACAAGGUUUUGCGCAAGAGGCAUCGACAGCUUUCGCACACAACGACAGCCACGUCAUGGAAAAGCUACCAACGCAGCCCGAGCAAACGCCAAAACUCAGUUAA